AUGCAGAAUCUAGGUGACUUAAACAUCCUCUUGACUGCUAACAUAAACACGUUCACAUUACAUCCCGUGAAUCGUCAUAGCGGUAUCCUGCCCAUUACAACUGACCUUAUCUCUACCGAUAGCUGCUCAGCUUCCAAACACAUUGAACCUAUGGGACUAUCGAAAAGAUACCGAAGAUAUUUGUCCUUCAUUCUAAUAUUCCUGAAUGUCAGCAUUCUCUUCUAUGAAAGAUCCACGAGGUCACUGAGUGUCUCGAUAUGGCGGAAACUGCCUGCUAUUUUGUCAAAGAAGAAGACUAGUCCAUAUUACAAUCGUUACUGUCUCCGGCAGCAACCACGAAAAAGUGAAUACGGCUACGCUUCUGCUAUCCGGCAGAUACUAUUGCUGAAAAACGCCAGCGAAAUCGUGAGUGAAAAUGAUGGACCUCUCAUCUUCUACGACAGUCGAGGUAGUUCGCAUAGUCUGUCCUCCGACGGUUGCCAGCAUCGCUGCAGAUUCUCUACGGCCUUUUCCGAUUAUCAGCAGGCCGUUAUAGCGGUGUUUACGGGGGAGCCUCUAGCAGGAGCCCUGCCAAAACCCGACAACCAGCUGUGGGCCCUGGAAUCAGGAGAAUCCCCCUUCAGCAUGCCAUUCGCGGGACUUUUUCGGGAUUAUGUUACACUUAUGCUGACAACCAAUCCUGAAUCCCAUGUGCCCUAUGCUUACGGAGUAUUCAUGGCCAAUCAAAAGCCGGAGUUUAUUAUUCCAGUGCAGGAACAAAUUCGCAUGCUCGAUAUGAACAACAUUCGAUGGCUGCCAAAACACCAUGCUCAGCGCAAAAGGAAGGUGGUGGCCUUGAUUUCCAACUGGUCCCCGAAAAAUAACAGAACGGGAUAUAUUAAUGAACUGGCAAAAUUCACCGACGUAUGCGCGUUCUACUUUUGCUGA